AAGUGUUUAUGGUUUAAAACAAAAUCGGUCAAUAAUUUAGAGACGAUUUCUAUAAAAGUAUCCAAGGUUUAUUAAAAGAUUUUGUUAGACCAAGUUCCCGCUUUCCACUAACAUCCUCAUGGCGAAUGUAUCAUCAAUCAUCAUUCUAUUACUGACAUUAUCCCUCUUUGCUUAUAGUAAAGGGAUAAUAUCUUCAAAAUCUACAAAACCAGCGUCAGUUGGCGCUGUAUACAGUAAUGUGAGCCAUUUUACUGACAUUGAAGAGUCAAACACAAAUGUAACUCUUCCUUCUUUCCUUACAAAUGAAUGUAAAGUUGUUGUUGAGAAAAGAAGUACAUAUAUAUUUCAACAGAUACUGAAAAAACAUAGGCCGCAUUUUGUUCAGUUUCAUAUUGAAUUACUGAAUGUAAAAGUAAACAAAACCAAAGACGUGUUUCAACCUGGCAGAUGGUACUGGACUUUUGGAUUAAUGUCCAAGCCAUAUCAAUUUCCAUUAUGGGAUUUACGUUAUGAUGUUUAUUCGUUUGGACUGUUGGAUUUUAAAACAGCACUUGUACCACGAGUUAACAUGACCGUCCAUGGGAAAUGCAACUUGACAUUGGGAACGAAAGAAACAUCCACACUUAUCACGAAAGCUUUAAGUCCACUCGUCAAUAUCGACAGCGCAUCUAAUCUACCACGAGGAUAUCAGGAAAACUAUUUUUGUUAUCUUUCAUUCGACGAAAAUAUUCGCGAUACUUUAGAGUACUCGGCGUCGAUAUACCUCCUAUCCCCUAUCAUAUAUAUCAACUAUAAAUGUUGUUUCCUGCAGUACAAUUUCAGGGACGAAAGGUUUGACGACAAUUGUCCUAAAGACAUAAGGCAUAUACGAUGGGCGCAUUUAACAAUAUUCAACAUGAUUCUUUUCAGUUUGAUAAUGGCAUUUUGUCCAAUACCUCUUUUCAAAUUAUUUGCUUGGUUAGGAGAAAAAGAUGGUACAAUAGAAAUACCAAUGAACGACGAAGACGAAGAAGAAUGGAUAUAUGCAAACGGAGAGCAUCCUCUUACAUUUUUUGAUGUCAUGAGCUUUCGUGGCAUUGGUAUCGACAAACAAUGGCCAGUGUUAGUUUCAAGAAUUAGAAGAUUCUUUUGUCUUAUUUUGGCACCUUUGAUAAUUUAUAUAGAUCUGUAUGUGAGUACCGACGGUACUGGUGUUUGGAAGAAAGGUGAUAAAAUAACUAUCAAAGAUUUUGUGGAUGUAGGAACACCUCUAGGUUUUCUGGCACUUCUUGGUGAUGCAAGCAAUAGACAUAAAGUUUUCGUCCCGGCAUUAGGGGGACCUGUUGGCAUCACUGCUUUUUAUUUUGUUCUUGGUUUUUUCUUUUUAGUUUUACCUAAAUGUCUUACAAAUGUUGUAAACAAUGGUUUGCCACCUUCUUAUAUGUUUUGUGAAAACCUUACUGUCAAUAAUGACGAAGAAAGACAGUGUCCCAGCAGCAGAAUUAUAAAGUCGCCCCUCUUAUUUGGAGCAAAUGAUAUUAUAAACAUGUCACAGAUCAAUGUUGGCCGUGCUGAUUUGGAACCUGGAUACAAAAAAGGUGGUACUCUGAUGAGAUGUAAUUUUUAUAUGUUAUUUUCUAUGAAAUUCUGGCGUUUAGUCUGGCGAAUACAAAUAACUAGGGCACGUUUCAUUUGUGACCGAGUGCCAAAGCUUCUGUGCUUUCUCAGUGUUGUUUGUAUAUAUUGUAUAUUUUAUAUAUUGUGA